UGUAUUUUUAUGGCGCAACAACGACGCAACUGUUAUUUCUGUCGUUUUUGCAUCAUGUUACUGUUAUUUAAUACAGUGCAACAAUGACAUAAGUGACCAUUGCGUUUAUUUUGUACCUAUGACUAUGCACCCUACGACGCAAAUGACCUUCGUGUCGUUGUUUUCUUAUACUUAUUGCCAAUGUUUACGUACUUACCUACAUCUUAUUUUACAUAAAAUGACGUUGCUUAUUUCUUGAAAUGAAAUGUUAUUGCCUUUCAGCUUAGAAUGACGAGCCGUGCACAGCGAUUAGCUCUAUUAGGCAAGCAAGGUUAUGUAGCUCCACUAUUUUCACAAUGUGAUGCCGAAAACAUUCCGCCGAUAGAUGAUGAAACUCAUAAAAAUGACUUUCAGACAGCGAAGCCGAAACCACAGAACUUCCCAUCCACAGACGGCUCUUUGGAACCAACUGUGUCAAAUACAUCUGUACACUUUAGUGUUGAAAACGGACUAAACCCGGCAGUAGUUUUACAAAAUAGCGAAUCGUUUCUUGAGCUUGUUAAUAUGGAGCCAGUAGCACCACUUGCAAGGCAGAAAAAUCCUUUACAAGACUGUUCUGGAAAUUAUGAUGGUUUAAGUUUAGGAAAUAUAUCUCCAUCAAUGCUACAAGAUACUAAUGAAUUUCCAUUUGAUAUGGAUACCGCCACUAGUAAUAUUUUACUUGAUAAAGAUGGUUCUGUUCAGGAUGAUUUUUCGCCAAAUGAAAGUGGUGAUGAAUAUAAACCUGUAGAAAGAAAACGCAGACGCCUAAUAUCAUCAAGCUCAAACUCAUCAUCAAGCUCAAACUCAUCAUCAAGCUCAAACUCAUCAUCAAGCUCAAGCUCAUCCUCUAGCACCAAUAAAUCAACUACUCAAUGCAAUGGACCAAACAGAAAUGACAGAAUCACUUCUGAAAAUAGUCAACAAAUUGAGACAAAUAAUAGUAACACUGAUACUAAUAUAGAAUUGACAUCACCAGUAAAAACAGGAAAAAAGAAGGCAAGAAAUCCACAUCUUUGGAAGAGAAAUCAAAAGAAGGUGCUGAAAAAUACAGGCAAAGAGUAUGAAUCCAGUUCUGGCAAGACUGUUAAUGCUAAAAGUAUGAAACCACCGUGCACAGAUAAAUGCAGACUUUCUUGUUCUAAAAAAAUCUCUGAAGAAUCAAGACUUCAAAUAUUUAAGUCUUAUUGGGACUUAGGAUGUUUACAAAGACAGAGAGAUUUUUUAAGCUCUUGCAUCACACCUUUGAUACCUGCUUGCCGACGUAUAAGGACCGAUGCAGUGAGACCAAGAAAAGCCAAUUGUGGGUUCUAUUUUAUUAAAGAUGGUAAGAGUAUACGUGUGUGCAAGAUGUUCCUUUUGAACACUUUAGGAAUUGCAGAAAGAACUGUACGUACAGUUAUUGACGCCAAAGUAAGCGAUGUAGGAAUUAUUCCACAGGAUAAAAGAGGCAAACACGGCAAACAAACUAAGAUGGAUGAUGAGAUUAAAGAAUCGGUUCGUUUGCACAUUAAUUCUAUUUCAAGAGUGGAAAGCCACUACCUAAGAGCAAACACUUCUCGAGAAUUCAUCGAUGGUGGUUUAACUAUUGCUCAACUUCAUCGUCUGUACAAGGAGCAGCGGGCAUCUGCAAAUAAAGAAGCAGCCACUUACGAUACAUACGCUCGUAUAUUUAAUACUGAGUUCAAUAUUUCUUUUUUCUGUCCAAAGAAAGACCAAUGCGAUCUUUGUGAGUCGUAUAAAAAUGCCGAUGAGGAAGGUAAAAAAAAAGUAGAGCAGAACUUCCAAGAACAUUUAAAACAAAAAAGUCUAAGCCGGAAAGAGAAGUCAGAUGAUAUAAGAUUGUGUACGGAAACAGGAAGUAAUGUAGUAGUCGCAAUUUAUGACUUGCAAGCAGUUAUGCCAGUGCCGAUAGGAGAAUCUUCAGCAUUCUUUUACAGAUCUAAGCUCAAUUGCUAUAAUUUCACGAUAACAGACAUGAAAAGUAAGACCACAUCGUGUUAUUUUUGGCAUGAAGGACUAGGUAAUAGAGGCGCCAUCGAAAUUGGGACUUGCGUAUAUAAAUUCCUCCAAAACUUAGCCCAAAAUAACCCAAAUUGUGAUGUUAUAUUUUAUUCGGACAACUGUUGUGGGCAACAAAAGAACCGGUUCUUGAUGGCCAUGUAUUACUUUGUAGUCAACACACUGCCAAUAAAGUCGAUAACGCACAAAUUUUUAAUACGUGGCCACACCCAAAAUGAGGGCGACAGUGCCCAUUCUAUAAUUGAAAAGUCAAUCAAAAGGGCUAAGAAAUCUGGUCCGAUAUAUACGCCAGAUCACUACGUACAGUUAAUAAGAAACGCAAAAAAGACCGGAAAACCUUUUAUUGUGCACGAACUUAAUUAUAGCGAUUUCUUUGAUCUGAAAGCACUGUCCGAAGAAAUAGGGUUAAACACAGCAACGAUAAAAUUAUCAGAGGUCAAACUUAUUCAGUUUACCAAAGCUGACUUUUAUACGUAUAAGAUGCGUUACGACGAAGAUUGGACUCAAGUCGAUUGCAAAAUCGUAAAAGGGCGAUUUUCUAAUAAGAGGAGUUCAAUUUUGAUGAAUCAAAUCACUUUGAAACCAGCAUACACUUCGAAGAUCAGUGUAGCUGAGCGAAAGAAGAAAGAUUUGCUGCAUUUGGUGGAAACUAACAUAGUUCCCAAGUUCUACGAAGGAUUUUUUAAGAGCCUACUUUAAUUUUAAGUUAGGUUGACCUUAGUUCUAUUUUAGUUAAAGGUAUAGUGAUUUAAAAGCAAGAUCUCGUAAUUAAUUAGUACUAUUUUUAAAAAUGUGAUUUAAAGACCAAAGUUACUAUUAAAAUAAAUGAGCCAUAAAAAUAUUGGUUUUAAUGUUUCUAUCCAUAACUAGCUGCUGCCCGCGGCUUCGCACUCCCUUAUCCAGGAUAAAAAGGAUAGCCUAUGUUUGAUUCCAGGUCUAGUACAUAGCUAGCUACAUCUAUGCAAUAUUUCAGUUCAAUCGGUUCAGUAGUAUUGGCGUUAAAAAGGGACAAACAUCUAUCCAUCUAUCCAUCCAUUCAUCCAUCUAUCCAUUCUAAUAACUUUCGCAUUUAUAAUAUUAGUGUGAUAGUGUGACUAGACUCUUGGACUAGACACAUCUAGACUAGUGUCUAGACAUGUGUCAUAACUGACUAACAAUCAAAAUCUUAGCACAAUAACGACGCAAAUUACCGCGGCAAUUUUUUUAAUCGUAUUUUUUGGUAUUAUUAACACUAAUAUUUGACACUUUAUCCAAUUCAUUAACAAGCGUAUGAUCCAAAUCAUCAUUUAAUCAACAAAAAUAAUAAAUAUAUUCAAGCAAAAUAAAAAUAUUACUGUUCAAAUCUUUAUUUGCCUCUCCUGAAAAACCAUGUUUACUACAAUAACGUCAUUCUUGCACCGGAUGUG